ACCACUACUAUUUAUUGCCAAGGAGAAUAUUUCUCGAACGGUCAACAUCAAGGGGGGUAUUUCGCUAUGUUGGCAUGAACGGUUGGUAUGAGACUAAAAGGGGGGAACUUUACUUCCAUCCUAAAGCAUAUGACGUUGUUGACAAGGAAAAAUUUCAGGAUCUGAAUUCUUUGGGUUAUCCUAUUCCAUCAAGGACUAUGGUCAAUCGUGGCAUGAUUUUGGUUAAUACUUGUGAAGAUCCUUUUGGUGAUUUAUAUCCUAAAGGUGUUUGGGGUGAAUUCAAGAAAAGAGUUUCUUCUGAGAUAUCUCGAAAUGUUGUGGCACUUGCUUGUUUCAAAGGAGAAACAAGGUUUUUUGCAUGCACUGGAGUUUUUAUUGACUAUGAUGAUGAGUAUCCGAAAAUUCUUACUUCAGCAAGCUUGAUUAGAGAUCGUAAUGUUCCAAAUAAGAUCGUUGAGGACCUGAGGGUGGGGAUUGGAGGGCCCCUUGUUGAUGUUGAUGGUAAUUUUAUUGGCAUGAACUUUCAUCGAAUGUGCGGCAAUUGUCAGAAAAUAGGAACCCCGUACAUGUAUCGUGAAGAUCUCUGCAGAAUCCUGGAAUUUUUGAAGACAAAAAAAACUACGGAGUUUAGUUUCGGGGACACUGUCCGUGGAGAUGAGAAACCAAUAAAUGAGUGGCCAGUACCUGAUCCAUAUUGGUGUGAUCCAAGUGAUGUGGAGGAUGAUAUGAAUGACAAACAAGAAGUCGUAGCUGGUGGCUGCCCAGUAAGAUACAUCUUGGGAUCUAAAUGCGUGCUCAAGUAG